GAAGGGGGGGGGAAAGGGGGGCGGAGGGAGGGAGCAAUUGAAUUUCAAACACAAACAACCGCAUGGGGCAGGGACCCACCGCCGCCGCUCCGCUCCGCUCCUAGUACCGGGGCCCCCGCCGCCCCCCGCCCCGGCCGCUCCGCCGGGCUCGCCGCGCUGGGGGGGCUGCAGAAGCCGCUGCUUCCCCUCCUCCUCCUCCUCCUCUUCCUCCUCCUCCUUCUCCUCUCCCCCCCCUCCCCCUCUUUUUAGUAUUAUUAUUUUUCGCUAAGCCCUGCCUCGCCGGGUUUUGCCUCCCAAAAACUUCAGCCUUAACCCCCCCCCUCCCCUCCCCUCCUCUCCUUUCCCCUGCCCGCCCCCCCCCACCCCUCCCCCCCCCCCUCCCCGUUCCCGGGAGGAGCCGCCAGCAAAGAUGUCCCGGUCGCACCGGCAGAAGGAAUACAAAUGCGGGGACCUGGUUUUCGCCAAGAUGAAGGGUUACCCGCACUGGCCUGCCCGGAUCGAUGAGAUGCCCGAAGCUGCCGUCAAAUCCUCCUCCAACAAAUACCAAGUUUUCUUCUUUGGGACCCACGAAACGGCUUUCCUGGGGCCCAAAGACCUCUUCCCCUAUGAGGAGUGCAAGGAGAAGUUCGGGAAGCCCAACAAACGGAAAGGGUUCAGUGAAGGUCUGUGGGAGAUCGAGAACAACCCCACGGUCAAAGCCUCUGGCUACCAGGUGGGUCACAAGGCAGGGUCACCCUGCUUCUCAUCCCCAUCUCUCCAGCCACCUUCCCCAGGUGCCCUCUGUGAGUUACACACACACACACACCCUCACCCUCCUUCUCUCCUCCAGCCCACCCAGAAGAAAAGCUGCCCCGAGGCCGCCGAGGCAGAGCGGGAGCCCGAGGGUGAUGGGGAGAAGAAGGGCAAUGCCGAGGGCAGCAGCGACGAGGAGGGGAAGCUGGUGAUUGAUGAGCAGUCCAAGGACAAGAACGAGAAAGCUGGGAUCAAGAGGAAAGCAGAAGAUGCUCUGGAGGACUCCCCGAAACGCACCAAGGAGACAGAGGGGCAGGAAGGGGAGAAGAAAGUGGACAACGAAGAGGUCCCCAAAGAGGAGGCAAAAGCCAACCCAGGCGAAGGGGAGAAGGAGAAGAACAGCGAUGCCACCAGCGUGCCGGACGCCAACGAGGCCAAGCAGGAGGGCAAGGAGAAAGCUGGCACGGAGGAGGUCAGAGACCACAAGGAGAGCCUGUAGCAGCCUCUCCCCAGUGAGCCCAUCUGUCCCUGCUGGGUGCUGCAGCGAGAAACAAACAGGAGACUGAAAUGUCCACCAGAAGAAAACACACAAAAAAAGACCAAAAAAAUGACAAAAUACAUAAAAAGCCAAAAAAAAAGAGAGAGAAAUGAAGAGGACAAGGGGGUGAGAGGAGCCCUGAGGCGACUGCGUCCCCGGCCCCGCCGUCACGGGGGGCAUUGCUUUGUAUUAGUGAUUUCUAGGGGGCUGAUCAGUUGAUUUGAAAUAAAAAGCGAUUCAUGCCUUUUUAAA